UUUUUUUUUUUUUGUACCAAGUGAGUUUUUACCAUUUGGUUUUAAAUGAAUGACUGUCCUGUAAUGGAAAAAAAAUUGGACGAGCAUCAGAGGAGCGGGGGUUAAGGCCUGCUUCUGCUGCGUUUUAGCUUCGUGACCUUGAAACCCAGGUGUAUUUUACAUUUACGGCACACUUCAGUUCAGAUUAGCACAUGGGUACCAUAUUGGACAACUUAAAUUUAGAAUACAUUUUAUUCUACUUAUUGAAAAUUGGUAAUUAACAUGUGUAUGUAGUAACUUUUAAUUGAUCAGGUGGCUUAGCAUAGCACCCAGUCUCUCAACUGCAAAGCCUGAAUCUCUCAGCUAUGGGGAAUAAAUGGGACCAUAUCUGCCCAUGUUCUCAUAUGACACUCUAAGGGCGUUGUGGAAGUCUUCUGUUUACCUGUUGUACACAGUUCUGUGACUGUCUACUUCUAAACAAAGUUAUAUUUUGCAAUUCUCCCUCAUUGAAAUAGUAUUGUACUCUGGUAUCUGAAGUCAUUCACCUUUUUGUCUAAAAUAUCUUCCCAAGAGAAAAAGGGAUCAAACUUUAAAGAUUACUUUUUUGGCUGGUCAUUCAGAUUAACCAGGCCCGAAGGUCUGGGCGUGGAAGUGUUUAUAAUGGAUACACCCAAACGACUUUGAUAGAAAUAAGGAUUUUAAGGAAAAUGGAAAGCCUGAUUGAGAACAUGGACAGGGUGAACACUGCCAUGACCAUCAGUCAGCAUCUUUCUGUUUUUUUUAAAGAGUAAACAUUUUGCAGCUGGAAAAACUUAUAGGUAAACUAUAUCUGGGAAAUGAGGCUAAGGAGACUUUUUUUCUCUUGCAGAAGAAUGCUGACCUGAGUCAAGAGAGGUACUGUCACUCUAAUACAUGUUUUAUUCAUAAGGAAGGCACUUGGGUAGUGUUUUGGUAAUGUUAGCGGUGGGCCAGCUUACUGCCACUAGAAACCGUGUAGCUUGACUAGCUGGUUCCAUUCAUUUCUAUUCUAGGAGCUCUUUCAGUAUAUUCUGUGUGGAUUUCAUUAGUUAGUGCUUAGUGUUUGGCUCUCACUAAACAAACAUUCAUUCUCUCAGGCAUACGCUUUUUUUCUCAUAUAUGUAGAAAACAUUUUUGGGUACUAGAAUAGGCGUUUACCUCCCUCUUUUUUUUAAAUAGCUGUCAUGUAAUUGACAAACCAUCCAACUGGAAACAGGGAGACGGGCUGUGGUGGCCACUUGUUAGAACUGUGUGAGCUUUGCACUUAGUCUCUUUGAACCUCAGUUUCUCAUCUGUCACAUGAGUUGGACCUGGUGAUUUCCAAGUGUUUAUGGUUGUAAGGGUGGCACAGGACCAGGCAGUGUUUCAUUCUGUCGUACAUGGGGUCCCUGUGAGUCAGAACUGAUUCGAUGGCACCUAACAGCAACAACAUGGUUGACCUGCUAAGUGAGACUUUCAUGAAGGUCACUAAUGUUCGUGUUGGCUACAGCGAGGUUGAGGCCGCCUGACACUUCUCACGUUGGCAGCCGCUCAGUAAACGCUGUCUUUGCCCAGGUAACUUUGUAUGAUGGUUACGGCAGAUGGCAGCUCGAUAAAUGUUAGCUACUGUUGUGAACGAAUGAUUUAGUCACCUGCUAAGCUCGAAUUUACAGCUUAAUUCAGUAAACAAAACAGUGAAGACUGGACAAGAUUUUUUUUUUUAAACAAAAAUCAACAAAUAUAAUUCUACUAUUUAAAGUAAUAAAACUACUUCUGGCCUUUGGACUGCCCAAAAAUUCAUAAAAGGAAAAAAAGCACAGCCUCAGUGAUAGAUACAAAGAUAUGAAUUUAAAAGCUUUUGACUAUUAUAGUUUUCAUUGGACGUAAAAAUAGUCUAUGUGGCUGACUCUUCUAAACAGUUCAGUAUUAAGUACAGCCAUAAGUUAUGUAGCUACUUAACCUGCUAUAAUUCAGUGUCGUAAUAGUGAGCCCUUGGUAAGUGGUAUUUAUCAUUGCAUGCUAAGGCACUGGGUUUGGGUUUACGAAGGCACUGGGUAAUAGGCUUUGUGGUGAUGUCUCCACUGACUGAGAACUGAGGCCUAAGAGGUAAGAAACUUGGCCCAACUAGUGAGUGGUAAAGCAAGGUUUGGAGACAAAAUCUGUUUGACUCAACAGCCUUUGCUUCUAGCUUCUGGGCCACUUCUGAGAGUUUGCUGUAUUUAGGCAUCUUCCUAGGGUUGAUGGUAAAUUGAGUUUUGCUCAAAAUUUUCCCCUCGUAUUUGGCUGAAAUGGAGCUUAGUAUUUAAAAGAAUCCCAAGAUGAAUCCCUUUGAUAAGAGUUUCCCCCGACUUGAGUUUGGGGACUACUCUGUUUUAAAUGUAAAUGUGAUAAACGUCUUUUCUCCUUUCCUUUCUCAGCAUCCUUUGCGCAGUCCGUGUCAGUGCAUACGCUUAACAGUUACUUAGGAUUGUUAGCAAGAUAGGAAUUUAAAAUAUCACCAGACUGUUGUAUUGAAGUUAUGUAACUGGUUGUCAACAUGCAUUUUUGUGUGUUUGCACAGAUGGGGAAUAGUUUCUAAGCAAAAGUAUGGUGGAAUUUGGUGUCUUGAAAAGCUGUUGCCAUAGUUGUUUCACUAAGUGUGGUUCUGGGGCUGAGCGUGGGAAUGGUGGUAAUCAAGUUCUGUUGUGAUACUUACUCUCUUUGGCCUGAUUGCUCUGUUUUAUUUCACUGCAGAGGUAGCUAGCUGUAUGACUGUUGUUCAGACUAACUGGUACACAAGAGCUGCUGUUACUGGAUUUUGUAAAAGAAAAUUUUUGUGUGGUGACAUAUAGAACAAUAAACGACUAGAAAAUGAGAUAGUUUUGGUGAAAACUAGUAAAUGGCAUUUGAAAUAUUAGUGUACAGAUCAGCGUGGAUCUUGUAAAUGUCAUUGUUGGUGGGGACUGGGAAAAUGGUAACCGAAGCUUUGGCAGAAUCGUGAUUUACACCAUAUGUUGUGACUGUCAUCAUCAUAGCUCAAACAAAUGCAAAGGCCCUGUGGUUGGAGUGUGCCCAGCAUGCUAGAGAAACAUAAGGAGGCCCAUGUGGCUGGAGCAGAGUGAGUGGGGGAGAGUGGAGGAGAUGAGGUCAGAGAGGUGGUGGGUGGUGGGUGUGUGUGGCAGGUGUAGGCUCUCGCAGGACCUUCUGGGCCAUUUGUUAAAGACAGACUUACUCUGACUGAGAUGAAGGGGUGGAGGGAGAUUUCUGUUAGAGGAAAGGAGACAUAGUGGUCUAGUUACUGGAUCCUAAGUGGUGGUCCCUUCACUGUGGGAGGUAAGAGCGUGGGCUCUGGUGUGAGGAGAUGAGACAUAGUGGUCUAGUUACUGGAUCCUAAGUGGUGGUCGCUUCACUGUAGCAGGUAAGAGCAUGGGCUCUGGUGUGAGGAGAUGAGACAUAGUGGUCUAGUUACUGGAUCCUAAGUGGUGGUCACUUCACUGUGGGAGGUAAGAGCAUGGGCUCUGGUGUGAGGAGAUGAGACAUAGUGGUCUAGUUACUGGAUCCUAAGUGGUGGUCGCUUCACUGUAGCAGGUAAGAGCAUGGGCUCUGGUGUGAGGAGAUGAGACAUAGUGGUCUAGUUACUGGAUCCUAAGUGGUGGUCGCUUCACUGUAGCAGGUAAGAGCAUGGGCUCUGGUGUGAGGAGAUGAGACAUAGUGGUCUAGUUACUGGAUCCUAAGUGGUGGUCGCUUCACUGUAGCAGGUAAGAGCAUGGGCUCUGGUGUGAGGAGAUGAGACAUAGUGGUCUAGUUACUGGAUCCUAAGUGGUGGUCGCUUCACUGUAGCAGGUAAGAGCAUGGGCUCUGGUGUGAGGAGAUGAGACAUAGUGGUCUAGUUACUGGAUCCUAAGUGGUGGUCGCUUCACUGUAGCAGACGAGAGUGUGGGCUCUGGUGUCAGUCUGCAUGAGUGAGGAUCCUAGCAUCACCAUUUAUUGGCUCUUUGACCUUGGAUAAAGGUACCUAACCCUCAGCUCCUUGUCUCUAAAACGAGGAUAGUAAUACUGAUCCAUCGUAUAGGGUCAUUUUGAGGAUGAGAUGACUGUUGCGUGUGAAGUGUUUAGAAAGGUGCCUGGUAUGUAGUAAAUGCUCAGUAAAUGUUAGUUGUUUUCAGUAAGUAUUACUUCCUCUGGAAAGUUUUCACCGUCUCUGCCUUGGUCAAAUCCACCAUUAGAGGCCCUCAGCCUGGUGUGGGUUCUUUUGAGAUAUAAUUCACAUAUCAUAAGAUUCAUCGUUGUAAAGAGUACUGCUCAGGGGUUUUAGUGUAUUCACAGGCCUGUGCAGCCGUCAACGCCAUCUGAUUCAGGACAUCUGCCGGCCGCGUCUGCGGUACUCGUGCCAGUUGCAGUUUUACGUUUGUGUGGGUGUUUGGUAAUGUCCGGUUCUUCUCUUAGGCUCUGAGAUUCAGAUCUGUCUCUUUUUACUCACCAGUAUACUCCUGUGCCUAGCACAAUGGCUGGCACACAGUAGGGCUCAGUAAAUAGCUGCUGAAUGAAAGACACUGAAAUGUGGAAGGUAAUGCCGGACUGCAUCGUGAAGAGUUGUGUGUGCCAUUACAGGGUUUGGUCCUGAUCCUCCGGGCGAUGGGAAAUCUUCAAAUGUUUUUAAAAAGUGAAGUGAUACCGUCAGCUUUGUACAAUAGAAGGAUAAAUGUGGAGUUAGUGGAGGUUAGAGUGUGGAGUCAGGGAGAUUAAAAAGAAGCAGGAUGGCCAGCUAGGAGACCAGUUGGCACAGGCCUGACUGGAGGAGCUGAAGGAGAGGGAGGAGAAAGAUCUAGUCAGUAGGUGGUCAAACAGACCUCCUCGGGGAGCGUAAAAUGCUGCGGCUACUGCGGAAAACAGUUUGACAGUUCCUCAAAAAGUUACACAUAGAAUUGCCAAAUGACCCAACAAUUCCACUUCCAGAUGUCUACCCAAAAGACGUGAAAUCAAGGAUUCAAACGGAGGCUUGUAUACCUCUGUUCAUUGCAGCAUUAUUAGAAUAGCCAAAGGUAGAAGCAGUCUAAUGCCCAUCACCAGAGGAGAAGAUAAACAAAAUGUGGUGUCUGCAUACAAUGGAAUAUUUGUCAUCCAUAAAGAGAAACAAAGUCCUGAUACGUGCUGCAUCAUAGACGGACCUUGAAAACAUGCUGAGUGAGAUAACUUGGACACAAAGGGCAAAUAUUACAUGAUUGCCCUUACAUGAAGUGUCUGGAACAGGAGAUGGAUAGAGACAAGGUAGAUGAGUGGUUACCAGAGGCGGGGGGCAGGGGGAAAGGACGAGUUAUUGUUUGGGAUGAUGAAGAACUUUUGGGAGUGGAUAGUGGUGAUGGCAGCACAACAUGGCAAACGUAACCAAUGUUACCAAAUCAUACACUUAAAAGUGGUUAAAAUGGCAAACUUUUUGAUGUAUAUAUUUUACCACAAUUAAGAAAAAAGAACAAAACAACAGACCUGAUAUACAUGUAUAUAUGUGUGGAGAGAGAGAGUAUGAGAGGGGGGAGGCAGAAAGAAGGACAGUGGGGGAGAGAGAAAACAGAAAUGUACAGCCAGUGGCUGGCGGUGAAGAUAGGUGAGGUUUAUUGCUUCAGCAGUUGGGCUUGUCUUUCCUUGGAGAUAGACAGUGCCUGAGGAGAACUAGGUUUAGAGGGCUGUGGGGGGAAUAACGAGCUUUAUUUUGGCUAUGUUGAGCUUGAGAUACCUGCCGUAUCCAGAAAGGUGAUUACCCUUAAAUCUUAAGGUAAAAUAAUUUUAUCAAGCUUAAAAAAAAAAAAAAAAACCUUUGCUCAUGGUGUGUUUGGAGCUGUGGAUCGCUGCCUGGGUGUCUGUAGCACACUGCACAUGUCAUCCUUUGUACUUAGCAAUUUGCCGGAUCAGCUUCACCUCAGCCCCCGCUCAACCGAGCUUCCUGGGGCAGGCACGGUGGGGCUCGGCUCUGAUCAUCAGUGUACAGUGCACUUUAUAGAGGUAGAAUCUGGGUCUGCCUUGAUAUUGUGUCUUCUUUUUACUCUAUCACGUGUCCACAGUUCUACCUGACAGCAUCCUUGAAAAUGAAGAUAUCAGCAAGUAAAAGUGAAUGUUGCAGAUGACCAAAGUGUAGGUGGAGAUCUUUGUGGUAGAACUAUAAAUGAGACAUGAGGUUUGGUCUCAGUUUGAAGAAAGAUAAAGUAAAAUUUGACAACUUCAGGAAUAACAGAAAAAAAAAGGAAAUAUGAAUGUGAAGCAAUAUUACAUAGUGGUUAUCAGCUUAGAUGCUGAGGCCAAGACGGCCUGGUUUCAGGUUCUAGCUUUGCCACUUAGUAGCUGUGUGACCUUGUGCCUUAUUUUCCUCUUCUUUAAAAUGGGUGUAAUAACAGUACACAUCAUAGAGUUGUGAGGACUGUCAGGUGCCGAGAACAUUGCCAGUUGGCAUAUGUAGUAAACGCGCAGUGAACAUGUGCUCUUGAGUUCUCCGGCAAUCGUAAGGCCUCAUGGAGGAUGGAUCAGUAGGAAGAGGGUCACAGAUGCACCUUAUUGCACUGAGGUAGAAUCCUUACGUUCUUCAUGCCGAGAAAAUUAGGUAGUAGUUGCAAAACCCAUCAAGUCGACGGGACAGAGGGGGAAUGAGUUUGCUUUUCUUAGAAAUUAAAGUUUACCUUCCCUGGCCAGGAACUUCUGUUAUCUAGACCACAGCUCAGAACCAGAAUAAAAGUCACUUCAACUCUGUUCUUUCAGAUCUUUACCUAAAUGUCACCUGACCAGAGAAGCCUGCCAGGUGACUGUAAAAUGACCCCACUCCCUUCCUGGGGUUUCUCUUUUUUCAUAGUAUUUAUGUCCAACUGGCAUUUAUUUGUGGAAGCUCCAGGAAAGCAGGAACUCCCCCCCUGCAGUAUCCUAGUACCGAGGAUGUUAGAUACCUACCUCUGCAAGUGUUCAGUCCCCACUUGUUUACUGAAUGAACUCAGCAAGCAUUUAGGAUGCAUCAAUUAUAUGGUAGCCUGGGCACCAUCCCUGCUCCCCGUGAGGUCAAUGGGGAACAGUCGUGUAAACAUAAAGUGCCUUCUGGAAAGAUUAAAGACUGAAAGAGUGGCAGGGGCCAAGGUGUGGUGGGACACAGCGGAUGGAGGGGGUUCACAGAAGAGGUGACAUCUGAGUGGGUUCUAAAAGGAUGAGGAAGAGGGGUGGAGGUGCUGGGCGAGGACUUUCAGGGAGGGGUUAAGGUGUGAGGGCGCUGAGCUUUGCCUCCACACCCACAGUGUGCUGAGGGAAAUGGCCUGGAGCGUGAGGCAAGCGAGACAGGUAAGAGGGAAGAGUUGAGGGUGGAGGGGUUGCUGUGAAUUUGACCCUGAGGAAGACAGGAAACUGUGGAAGGAUUUUAAGCUGGGUCGGAAAGUGCCCCAGUUGAAGAAAGCUAACGUUGGUAUUUACUGUCUGGGGUGCUGUGCGAGGACAGUGGAGCUGUCAGAGUAGUUGUCACCGAAUCUGGGCACUGCAGCUGAAUUCGGCAUCCAGAAGACCCUUUAAGCCCUCCCCUGACUUUUAUUCUGACUUCCCUGGCCUGAGUCUUGAGAAGCUGCCUGGAAGGUUGCUAAAGAGGAGCUGCUGUGGGCAGACAAGUUGACUGGGGAGCACGGGCCUCGGUUGGAAACCUGGGAAAGACACGAGUGAAAGGCAGCCUGAGGCUGUGGUCCCCGGUCUGAGGAGCAUCUUGAGCUCUGUAAACACCGAGGCCGUCCCAAUUCCAGAUUCCAGGUUAGGCAGAGGGUAGCAGUUCCUGUUCCCCAUGAUGAUCGAGUCAUCAGGAAGGAGCAGGAAUGUGGGCAGUUGUUGGAUACGUUUCAGUGAGCGUUCUUCAGUAGAAACAUAACAAGUGUGAUUUUAAAAUUUCUUAUAGCUGCAUUAAAAAAGUGAAGAAACAGGUGAAAUUAAUCUUAAUAAUAUAUUUGUUUAACUCACUAGAUCCAAAAUAUUAAAGCAGUAUUAAUGAGAUAUUUUACAUUCCAUUUCUUCCUUCUGAGUUUCUGAAAUUCCAGUAUGUGUUUUUCACUUCCAGCACAUCGUGGUUUGGACGAGGCACGUGCACCUGCUCGGCAGCCACGUUGGCUUCUGGUCACUGUAUGAACAGCAUAACUUUAGAUUUUGGUUCAGACAAAGGGUAUUGUUUAGAUAAUUCUACCAUUCAUAAGAAUUCAUUCCUCAAGGAUUCUAGAUGGCUGUCGCUCUAUUGCAGUAGUUUUCAAUUAUUAAUUUUUGCUUUUAUUUAAAAAAACAAAAAACUACCGAGAGGCAGUACAGUAUGGUAGUGAAACGCGUGGAUUUGGGGGCAGACUGCCUGGGUUUGAAUCCGUGCUCUGUCAUUUCCUAGCUGUGUGAUCUCACGUGUGCUUACUCGUCUGCGUGUCAGUUUCCUGAUCCGUAAAACGGAGGUUAGAGUGGUACCUGCGUCCCUGGGCUUUGGGAGGGACCUUAAAUGGUGCCUGAUGGAUAGUAAGCCAUGUAGAUGGUUGCUGCUGUCCCCCAGGUGUUCCUUCUUUCCAAAAUGUUCAGUGAUUUGAUUCAGUACAUUUCAAAGACAUUCUGCUUUGUAGAUUGCUUAAUUUCAGAUAGGUAGUUCACAGGUUUUCACAGGUGGAGAAAAAUGUUAGAUUACCAUUUUGUGAGGGUGCUUUUUAAUUGGCGUCUUUGGGUAACUAAUUUUCUUGUUAUGCUGCAACAUUGAGGCUGCUUAACAACCACAGAAAUAGAGUAAUUAAUGAUUAAAGGAUUUAGGAUUAUAAUUAAAAUUAGGAAAUUUCGAAAGGAUGAUUUUAUCAACAUUUAAUUAGUAGUGCUAUUAUAAUUAAGCUACUCUUUCUCAGAAAUAAUUUAUCAGUCCCGCUAUGCCUGGGAAGCCUCCCUAUCCUAACUUUUUUUGCAGUCAGUAUAUUGUAACAUACUGGAAUGUUUGGAGAGUUUCAUCCUCUACUAUAGGGUCGCUAUGAGUCGGAAUCGACUUGACGGCACUGGGUUUCAGCCUCUACUUAUUGUUCAUUUACUGAGGGUAGGAAAUGGUAGCAAAAGUAAAAUCAAAACACAAGGUCACUGAUUAGUUCCGGAGUACAGCUCAGGGGAGGUCCUUAUGGAGCCCUGAGGGUGUAGGGUUAAGAGCUCGGCUGCUAACGAAAGGCCAGCCACUCCUUGGAAACCCAGCCAUUCUGUGCCAUCCUGUAGGGACGCUCUUAGUCGGAAUCGACUUGACAGCAGUGAGUUUUUUUGAUUAUCACCUUAAGUAGGAGCCCUGGGAGCACAGUGGUUAAAGCGCUUGGCUGUAACUGAAAGGUCAGUGGUUUGAACCCACCAGCUGCUCCAUGGGAGAAAGAUGUGGCGGUCUGCUUUCCAUAAAUAUUACAGCCUUGGAAAUGCUAUAAGGCAGUUCUCCCCGUCCUGUGGGGUUGCUAUGAGUAGGGCUUGACUCAACAGCAACGGGGUUAAUUUUUUUGGUUUUAUCACCUUACAGAGUGAAGUAGGAAGCCCUGGAGGUGUAGUGGUCAAGAGCUCGGCUGUGAACCCGAAGGCGGGCAGUUCAAGUCCCCUAGACAACUCUUCGGGAGCCCCGUGGGGCAGUUCCACUCUGCCCUGUAGGGCCACUGUGAGAGUGAAAUAUGGCUGGAAACAUAACCCAGUUAUGGUAUGGUUGUUUAAACAUCAAGUCUUUGCCACAGAAGAAAGCAGUGCUUAAGGACGGGUUAUUUAAUCAUGGUUGUGUUCAUCUGUCAUUAAUUAGCAACCUAGCCCUGCUGUCCAGUAUAUGUUUUUGUUGUUAGGUGCCAUCGAGUCGCUUCCAACUCAUAGCGACCCUGUGCACAAAAGAACGGAACACUGCCUAAUCCUGUGCCAUCCUCACAAUCAUUGUUAUGCUUAAGCCCAUUGUUACAGCCACUGUGUCAGUCUGUCUCAUUGCAGAUCUUCCUCUCUUUUGCUGACCGUCUUUUCCAAGCAUGAUGUCCAUCUCCAGGGACCUGAUAACUUGUCCAAAGUGAGACGUAGUCUUGUCAUCCUUGCUUCUGAGGAGCAUUCUGGUCGUACUUCUUCCAAGACAGAUUCGUUCUUCUGGCAGCCCAUGGUAUAGUCAAUAUUCUUUGCCAGCACCGCAGUUCAAAGGCAUCAGUUCUUCUUCAGUCUUCUUUAUGUCGUCCAGCUUUCAUGUGCAUAGGAGGCAGUUGAAAACUCUGUGGCUUGGGUCAGGUGCACCUUAGUCUUCAAGGUGACAUCUUUGCUUUUCAACACUCUAUGAAGAGGUCCUUUGCAACAGAUUUGCCCAGUGCAAUGGGCCUUUUGAUUUCCUGACUGCUGCUUCCAUUGGUGGUGAUUGUGGAUCCAAAUAAAACGAAAUCCUUGACAAUGCCAGUCUUCUCCCUGUUUAUCAUGAUGUUGCAUAUUGGUCCAGUUGUGAGAAUUUUUGUUUCCUUCAUGUAGAGGUAUCCAUACUGAAAGCUGUGGUCUUUGAUCUUCAACAGUAAGUUCUUUCAGUCCUCUUCACUUUCAACAAGUAGGAUUGUGUCAUCUGCGUAAGGCACAUUACUAAUGAGUCUUCUACAAUUCUGAUGCCCCGUUCUGAUAAUUACUGGAGAUUGGAAUUCACAAGUUGGAAACAAAGAGAAGGAUCGGUAGUUGAAAAAUAGGCCUUCCUUAUAGAAACAAUGCCGGAGAUCGUAUGAUAGAAUUUUGCAAGACCAACGACUUCUUUGUUGCAAAUAUCUUUUUUCACCGAUAUGAAUGGCGACUAUACAUAUGCACCUCACCGGAUAAGGUUGUACAGGAAUCAAAUCAACUACAUCUGUGUGAAGAAACAAAGGAAAAUGCUCAGUAUCAUCAGUCAGGCAAGGCCAGGGGCCGACUGCAGAACAGACUGUCAACUGCUCACAUGCGAGUUUAAGUUGAAACUGAAGAAAUUUAGAACAAGUCCAUGAGAGCCAAAGUACAACUUUGAGUAUAUCCCACCUGAAUUUAGAGACCAUCUGAAGAACAGAUUUGACAUGUUGAGCACUAAUGACUGAAGACCAGACGAGUCGUGGAAUGACAUCAAGGAUGUUAUACAUGAAGAAAGCAAGAGGUUAUUAAAAAGACAGGAAAGAAAGAGAAGACCAAAAUGGAUGUCCCAAGAGACUCUAAAAUUUGCUCUUGAAUGUCGAGCAGCUAAAGCAGAAGGAAGAAAUGAUGAAGUAAAGGAGUGGAACAGAAUAUUUCGAAGGGCGACUCAAGAAGACAAAGUAAGGUAUCAUAAUGACGUGUGCAGAGACCUGGAGAUGGCAAACCAAAAGGGAAGAACACGCUUGGCAUUUCUCAAACUGAAGGAACUGAAGAAAAAAUUCAAGUCCAAUAUAUAGAAGAGCUACAAAGAUUCUCUCUACUUAGGUCGUAAUCUUGCCCCUCCCCUCCCUGGCUAACUUCUGCUCACCCUUUUGGUCUCAGCCUAACUGUGGCUCCUCUGGGAAGUCUUUGUGGACCCUCAGUCUGGAUCAGGCAGCCCUUUGGGGGUUCCCAUGGCAUGCUGCACUUCCCCACUAUAGUUUGUUGGUUGUCUCUUUUCUGGCUCAGCUGCAGUUCGGUGAGGGUGGAGUUUGGGCCUGUCUUGUUGGCUGUAUAUGCCCACAGCCUGGCGCAGGGCCUGAUUGGGCUCAGUAAAAUUUUCCUAAAUGAAUGAAUGAGUGAUACUGUAAAUGUAUCCAUUUGGCUAUAUACGAGGUGACCCUGCUUCACAUGGACGAUCUACUUCCGAAAACCAGCCAGUGAAAACCCUGUGGAGCACAAGGGUCCAGUCCACAGCUGAUCAUGAGGACUGGGCAGGACUGGGCAGUGUUCCUUUCGUGCACAGGGUCACCAGGAGUCAGGGGACAACUCAAUGGCAGCUAGCAAUAACAGCAACAAUGGGUUUUGGCUUCUUGUGCCUAUUAAACUGCAACAUCUUACCAUAAAACAAACAAACCCGAGAGCCUCGUUUUAAUCUCUUUCUGUGGUUAUUUGCCUCUCGAAUUGAACAGAUCCUCAAAUAUCCCUAUUAACAGAGACUACUUUAUGGUCGUUGGUUUCUGAUGAAGGGCCCUUUUAUAGUUGCAAGUAAUUAGAUACUAAGGCUUAUAUGGGAAAACUAGGAGGGGAGAUGGAGUAUGUUUACAGGACCAGUACUGGCUGCUCAGGCUUUUGCUAGUAAAGCCAAAGUAGCUAAAUUCAAUGAUUAAACUUAGUGUAAAAGUGAAUUUUGUGCUUGUUUUGCCAGCUUUUUUUAUGCAACAGCUAAUUUAUCAAAAUCUCUUAAUCUGGAAAUUUAUGGUUAACGAUAAAAGAACUGUUGUAGCAAAUUCUGAGGUGUUGGGCUAAUAUUAAGACAAGAAGUCUGGUGCUAGAAAUUGCUAAGGACAGUAUUCUGCACCACCAGGGAGGUGGGCAGGGCAAGACUGUAGACUCGCAGUUCUCAGGUGUUUGUUUUGUGCUCAGAUAGUUGUCUAUAUUUGCAAAAUUUCAUCGCCAUCUUUUUAAAAAUAAUUUAUGUUGAAAAUACUCAUAGCAGAACAUGCACCAAUUCAACAGUUUCUCCAUGUACAAUUCAGUGCCAGUGAUUGCGUUUUUCAAGUUGUGCAGCCAUUCUCACCCUCUAAGUCCCUGUACUUGUGUAUUCAAAACUUCAAUGUGUUUCUUGUGGUUGGAAGUCUUACUAGUUUGUCGUAAAGCCAUGAUUUAUGACAAUCUCUGUUACUACAGGGUGGGGAAGGUCUAGACAGGUAACUGCUAAGCUGCUUUCUCGUGCUGACACCUUGUGUUAUGUGAGAGCUGCAUAGAGGGUCUCCAUGCAAAAGCCCCCUGUUAGGCAAGCUCCAGUGGCAGCUGGUGGGCUCCAGGUUUGAGCUGCAUGUGACUCAUGAGAUAGGGGCAGGCUGGGGGGAAGCCAGGUGACUGGGCUGAGAGAGUGGGAGGCAGUGUGAUGGGUGUUGGAUCUGUACUUUCCACAAAUAUGUUUGUGCCCCUAGCAUGUGCUGGGGCAUUUGUGAAAGCUAUGAGUGGCCCAGGAGGGAAGAUAAAUGUAGUCUAAAAAACUGACAUUCAUAUAUGCUUAGGGGCUUUUACUACCUGCCAACACAAUGCUAGGCAUUCGGGACUUAAAGACACUAAUUUGCCACCUUCAAGGGGUUUGUGGUCUAGAUGGCAGAAACACGCAAGACAAGUACCUUGAAGGGCAGGAGUGAUGGAGAACACAGAAGCUGGAAUCAGGUGGGCCUGCUUCCAGGUCUGGCUCUGCCACUUCUUAGCUGUGUGAUCUUAGGCAAGUUACAUAACCUUUCAGAACUUAUUUCCUUACCUGUAAAAUGAAGUAGUGUCACCUGUUGCUAAAUAACUUAUGUUGUAGCCAGAUAGAAGAUCAAUACAUGGUCUCAAAAAAAUAAAGAAUGAAGUGCAACUGUGUAUACUUUCAUGGAAAAAUGCCCAAAAUAUAUUAUUGGCUGAAGAAUCAACAUUCUACUUAAUGUGGUCUCACUGUAAAAAAGAACAGCGUUAUUAUAUGGUGUAGGAAAAGGUCUGAAAGGAUAUAUACCAGCUAUGUGGGAGGUUAGGGGAACUGUUUAUUUUUUAUUUCCUCUGUUGUUUGACUUUAAGAAAAAUUAUGGUAUUAAUUUACCAUCUAAGAAAAUAAAAAAGAAAAACCUGCUUGCCAGGAUUUCUGAGAGGAUUGAAAGAUUAUGCAGUAGACUGCUGAGCACAAGGCCUAGCACAUGGUAAGUGUUAGAAAAUAGAUGUUCUUUUUAUCAUUGUUGGAGGCAGCAGCUGAGGAGGAAGACGGCUGCUAGACUGCCAAACCCCAAUGGGUGAAAUUGGGCUCUGGGUUUUGAAUUUCCAGGGCCAGUUGAUUCCUUAGGGGUAGACUCCUGGUUGUCACGUGGGGCCCAGAUAUGGGGCCAUGUUCUCAAGGUCCACCAGCUUUGGCUGUCCUUGUGGCAGACCACAGAGGGGCUGGGUUUGUGGGCACACGGGAGCGCUACUGUUCUCUUCCCGUCCGUCCACUCAGCCUCUUGAGAACAAAAGCCCUAUCCAUCUCACCAUAAAGGGAGGGAGAGAGGUGGCCUGCCAGUUGUGAUACCUGUCCUAAAAGAGACCUGGGGGCCCCCAUAGGCAAUGUGGUGUAGUCGAUUUUUGGACUCCUCUGUGGGCUUAAAUUAUGAAGGGGAGGGGAGGUGAUACCACUUACUUCGCUUGUUCACUGUAAAGGGGAGGUGAUACCACUUACCUCUCUCAUUCGCUAUAAAUGGGGUAAUACCACCUACCUCGCUCAGUGUAAAGGGGGGUGAUACCACCUAUCUCUCUUGCUCACUGUAAAGGGGGGUGAUACCACCUACCUCACUCAUUGUAAAGGGGGGGGUGAUAGCACCUACCUCGCUUGUUCAUUGUAAAGGGGAGGUGAUACCACCUACCUCGCUCGCCUGGUGUAAAGGGGGGGUGAUACCACCUAUCUCUCUUGCUCACUAUAAAGGGGGGUGAUACCACCUACCUCACUCAUUGUAAAGGGGGGUGAUAGCACCUGCCUCUCUCGUUCACUGUAAAAGAGGGUGAUAUCACCUACCUCACUUGCUCACUGUAAAGGGGGGUGAUACCACCUACCUCACUCGCUCACUAUAAAGGGGGGGUGAUAACACCUACCUCGCUUGCUCACUGUAAAGGGGGGUAAUAACACCUACCUCGCUCGCUCACUGUAAAGGGGGGUGAUAACACCUACCUCGCUCACUCACUGUAAAGGGGGGGUGAUACCGUCUACCUCACUCACUGUAAAGGGGGGUGAUAGCACCUACCUUGUUCACAGGUAACCAGUGAUUCUUUCCCUUUUCCUGCUGAGUGAAGGAAGGAUUGGGAAAGACUCUUGAGGUGGGAUGGAUGGGUCUCUAUGAGGUGACGUAGUUAGUGGGAAUGACAUCUCAUGCUCGAGAGGUUUAUUCUGUGGGGUUUUGUUUUCACUUUAGAUCUAGUUUUACAAACAUUUGUUGCUUCGUUGUACUCAUUUCUUGGAAGUAUUUUGUCGUAGAUGAAACACGUAGUUUUCUGUAGGCAUGAUUUAUGUUGGGUGCCCAUGUGUCCAGGUGUGCUGAGGAAGUCUUUGUCUUGGUUCAUUACUGUCGUCCUGACAGUUUGGCUCUUUAGCACCUCUUUUCACUCAAAAAGCGGCUGUGUUUGGUUCUUAAAUUAUAUGGUCACCUCAGUUAUAUCCCAACUGGAGUUACUUAUUUUAACAAAAUGGUGUCUCUUAACUUAUAUUUUCCAGGAUUCCAAUGAUAUUUAUGGAGCUCCCAUAUAUUAUAGGCCUAUUUCACAAUCAGCUCACCUUUAUUUGUAAUUUGUCCUUGAUUAUGUCCUUCCUUCUGUCUGAGUUUUGGUUCAUGGUUCUCUUUUGUAGUCUGAUUUCAGUUCCUUUUUGCACUUUUAAAUGUAGUGGGGGUUUUCCCAACAUUUUUAGUGCCCAAAAUUAUUGUCAGGUACUUAAGUAAGAGGAGGAGGAAAUUAGUAUGUCAGGCUUUGUGCUAGACAUUUUACAGACCUUCUUAUUUAACCUUAAGCAAACAUUGUAACUUAAUUAAGCUGCUGAAAGGGAGGCAGCAGGUUGGGCUGGGAGAUGAGAGAGACCUGGAUUUCUGUUUUGGCUUUGAUACUAAUAGGAUUUUUUAUGCUUGACCAGUUCUCUCCCUGGGCUUCUGCUUCCUCAUCUGUAAAAUGGGGAAAUAGUUGUAAUUAGAUUAACGAUGACCUUCAUGAUCGCUUAAGUGGAAUACUCUAAGCGUAUCCUUUUUAAGUGAAUACUUUUAAAAGGAUUAAGAAACAAAUGAUCACUUACUCUAAAAUAACUCAAAUUACCAAGAAAUAUUUUUUAUCUUUUUCCCCAAACAAUUUUAAUGACCCUUGGGGGAAAAAAUGAGGCACCUAUAUGCUGUAGUCUCAAAUUGACAGCUUAAAAUGUUUUUCUUCUAAUGGGACUGGUAGGAAUGUUACCUUAGAGGACAAAAAUACUUUAUUUGGGGGAACACCCCGAGCAAUGAGCCAACAAUAACAAGUUAACUAUUUCUGAGCACAGAGGGGAGAGAAAAGCAUUUCUCGGCAGGCAGCGUGGAAAGAAGAUGAGGCAAAGGGAAAGGCGAUCUGCCUGUGGUACAGGCAGGCCCGUUUCCUUCUCGCUUCUGCCUUCAGUCGUGCAGAGCUGGGACUUCCCUGUGUCUGCUGAAUGGAGGAGUUCAGCCUUGUGACCUCGUGGGGUGCUGGGAACGAGUGGGUUCUCCACAGUAGGAAAAUCCCUGCUCCCUGCCCCAUGAGGUUGCUGGGCCUGAAGCAGAGGCUCUGCCUACCCUCCUUGCUUUUGCUUAGAGGCUCCGCGCCUCAUGCAGGUGGAGGGCUCGUCAGGGCCUGGACAGCAGGGCACCGGGUCGGGAAGCGGUCAGAUUCGUGUUCGUACCUCAACUCUACACCCUAGUGACUGUGGUUCCUCGGAUGAUAUGGAACCUCUUUGUCACUUCAGUUUUCUUGUUUGUAAAACAAUAAUAAUUGUAGUAGUUAAGUUUACUUUGGUUGCAAGCAGCAGUUGUCUAACCUCUUAGAAAAGAGGGGGCUGUUUUGGAAGGACUCUGGAGGGAGAACUGAACAAGCAAAUCUUCGCAUGGGGCAGGAGCUGCGACGGCUUGGGGGGUCCUAGCAGCAGACGUGGAGGACCUUUUCUCUGCGUCGCUGUCUCUUUGUCUUUCAGUCCAUAUCCGUUCCAGCAGUAAGUCUUGUCAGAGCUGCCGGUACGGUAUGUGCAGCCUCUGUUUCUCACCUCCUCCGAUGCUAUCGCACAAGUCCAAGCCAGCGCCGUCUUUCUCCUGGGUGCUUGUACUAGCCUCCCGAGGGAUCGUCCUGCUUCUCUACCUGCUCCUCUAUCUGCUCCCCUCAUUCUCAGCACAGCAGCCAGAGUGAGCCUGUGAAUCAUUAUGUCAGAACAUGCCACUUCUUAGCUCAGAGCCCUGCAAGGCUUCCAAUCUCACUUUGAGCAAAAGCCUAAUUAGUGGCUUGCUUCUCAUCUCCUGGCAUUCUCCCCUUGAUUUCUCUGCUUCAGCCAGGCUGGACAAAUCAGUGAUUCUCCGUCUUGCCAGGCGUUCCUCCUCUCAAGGCCUUUGCGCUUGUUGUUCCCUCUGCCUGAUGCUCUUCCCUCAAGGUAGCAGCUUGGCUGUCUCUCUCAUCCCUCAGGGCUUUACUCCUACUCCGUGAGGCAUCCUUUAAUCACCCUAUUUAAAAUUAAAAAUGUCCCUCUUCCAGUCUCUUUGCCUGGUUUGUUUUUCUCCAUAGUAUCUGCUACCACCCACUGUACUGUAUACUUCAUCUAUUCAUUUUGCUGCUCUCCGCCAGCUAUAACCACUCCACUAGGGCAGGAACCCUGUCUGAGAUCGUCAUUGCCGAAUCUCCACUGCCUGACGCAUAGUAGGUGCUCAGUGAAUAUUUGUAGAACAAAGAGUGUUUGUUGUCAGGAACCUUCCUUCUUUAGUUGAGACAACAAUGGCGAGAGGGAUAGGUCGUGUAAAAUAAGCAUGACUCCUGGGAGCCUGCCCGAGUCCAGAAAGCAAGGGAGAGAAUUGUCACCUGGAGGCCAUCCCAGUUGUGUCUCUGAGGUUGCUGUGAGGACUAAAUCAGUUGGUAUAUGGUUGUAUAGGAGUCGCUCAGAAAAUGUUCUUUCAUUUGUGAACAGUAACUACCUGACAGUACUGACAUUCAGAAAUUCAUUUAUUCUCCACAGUGGAGGUUGUCAUUUGGAAGAGAAGGAAUCAUGGUGGUAUAAUGACAUGAAGACUCAAAUGCAGCCUAAUGUUUUAAUGAGUGAUGGAACACGUACUUCCCUCUCCAAAAGGAAUACUGUUGAAAUUGUACAGAUCGUAUGCAGGUUUUUGUAAGGGCUCUUCUCUUAUCUGAGCAGACCCAAACCUUAGGACCCAGGGCAGGCUCAUAACAGGUGAAAUCCUAGUUGGGAAGGCAUCAGAGUCUUCAUCUAGCCUUUUUUUCAGAGGGCUUUUUUCCCCGGGAAUAGCCUAGGCUGUUGAACACAUUCAUCUUCUGAUUUUAUGAUAAAUAAGUAAUGACCCACAGUGACAACAAUGCCUGCCUGAGAAUUCGCUCCUAUAUUCAUACUCAGUAAUGUUUUGUUUCUUCAGAGGUAUGUGGAUACUGUGUGUAUGAAGUGAGCUCUUCCAUUAUAAAAUAGCUUAUGUUCCAACUCAUAACUUUUGGAUAAAGAUUGUUUUUUAAAAUUUCAUCAAAACGAAGAACUCGAACAGUUAUUAUUAUCUUUUUAAGCGUUCAUGAAUUUUAGCGUUGUUUUGUUCCUGAACUGGGUUUGGAGCCAGACACACUUGGGUUAGAUUCUCAUGUCUGGCACUUCGUUACAUGCCUGGGAUGAGACCUGUAGUGUGUCUGCCCUGACAGGCCAUUCUAGCUCCUCACUCCACAGGCCCGUGGGGAGAGUUAGAGGAUACAGUGUGUUUAAACAAAGGGCCUGAGUUGGAACAUAAGCCCUGAAAAAUAGCUAUUUUUAUUAUUAAUUAACUAUAAAAGUCCUUCGAUGUUAAGUAUCUUGUUAUAAACUUCAUUCUGAUCUUAAGAAGCAUCUGUCAAUAUUAGCAGAAUUUGAAGAAAGGAAAAAAUUAUAGCUCUGUAUGUACCUUGUCUGGAGCAAGUAAAUAAUUUUCCUAAGCUUUAAAUAUGAAUAAGGCAUUUAUGUGAAAAGUUAUUUUAAAACUUUUAGGUAUUACUACUUUUUAAAGUUGGUAAUCAAGCUUAGGACAAGUUUUUUCUUUUUUAAUUACAAGUUUUAGAUGGAGAUUAGUAAAUGUAUAUUUAUUCUUCCUCUGGCCUGUGAUUUCCAGAUCCCGGUCACAGUUGUUACUGAGCACAGCUAGCACGGAGUUUUCUCCUGUGGACUCACCAAAUCAGAUGAUAUUAACUGUAUUCUUGAGCAACAAUGAACAGAUUUUAACAGAAGUUCCUAUAACACCAGAAACUACAUGUCGAGAUGUUGUAGAAUUUUGCAAGGAACCUGGAGAAGGCAGUUGCCAUUUAGCCGAAGUGUGGAGGGGCAGUGAGCGUCCCAUACCCUUGGAUCACAUGAUGUAUGAACACCUGCAGAAGUGGGGGCCACGAAGGGAGGAGGUGAAAUUUUUCCUUCGACAUGAGGACCCCCCAGCAGAGAGCAGUGAACAAGGUGGCCGUCAGACCCAAGAGCAGAGAACUCAGAGAAAUGUAGUAAAUGUACCUGGAGAAAAACGCACUGAAAAUGGGGUUGGGAACCCACGUGUUGAACUUACCCUCUCAGAACUCCAAGAUAUGGCAGCUAGGCAACAGCAGCAGAUUGAAAAUCAGCAGCAAAUGUUGGUUGCCAAGGAACAGCGUUUACAUUUUCUGAAGCAGCAGGAGCGCCGUCAGCAGCAGUCUAUUUCUGAAAAUGAAAAGCUUCAGAAAUUGAAAGAACGCGUUGAAGCCCAGGAGAAUAAGCUGAAGAAAAUCCGUGCCAUGAGAGGGCAGGUGGACUACAGUAAAAUCAUGAACGGCAACCUGUCUGCUGAAAUAGAAAGAUUUAGUGCCAUGUUCCAGGAAAAGAAGCAGGAGGUACAGACUGCAAUCCUGAGAGUCGAUCAGCUUAGUCAGCAGUUGGAAGAUUUAAAGAAGGGAAAACUGAAUGGAUUCCAGCCUUACAACGGCAAGUUGACGGGGCCGGCAGCGGUGGAGUUGAAGAGACUAUACCAGGAGCUGCAGAUUCGUAACCAGCUUAACCAGGAACAGAAUUCAAAACUCCAGCAGCAGAAGGAACUUCUAAAUAAACGCAACAUGGAGGUGGCCAUGAUGGACAAGCGGAUCAACGAGCUGCGUGAACGUCUCUACGGGAAAAAAAUUCAGCUGAGCCGUGUGAAUGGUACAUCCUCGCCGCAGUCUUCCCUGAGCGCAUCCGGCAGAGUCGCCGCAGUGGGGCCUUACAUCCAGGUGCCCAGCGCUGGGAGCUAUUCUGUCCCGGGGGACCCUGUCAAGCCCCAGUCUCUGACUAUCGCCUCCAGUGCCGCACACGGACGAUCCAAAUCUGAUGGUCACAGCAAACCCAAGGUGGCCGGUCCGUGGACAGUGUCCGAUCUGGAUGUUGGGCCGGCCCACGGCUCCUCACGGCGCUCUGCAGGCCUGUUUGUAAACUCUAAUGAUGGAAACUGGCCAACACUAAAACAGAAUUCUAGCUCCUCAGUGAAGCCAGCACCUAGUGCGGACUGGAAGGACACGAGCGUGGAGGGGCCUCUGAAGCAGGGCACCAUCUCAAGCCAGCCUUUGCCUUUAGCAGCUUUAGGAGCCACAGAGAAACUGGGCAUUGAGAUUGGUAAAGCGCCGCCACCCAUCCCAGGGGCAGGCAAGCAGCUGCCUCCAAGCUACGGGACAUAUCCGAGUCCUGCACCUUUGGGCCCAGGGUCGACACAUUCCCUGGAGAGGAGGAAAGAGGGCAGCCUGCCCAGGCCCAGUGCCAGCCUGCCAAGUCGGCAGAUGCCCGCCCCGCUGCCAGCCAGCAGUGGCCACCAGCCGGGGACCUCGCAGCAGAUCCAGCAGAGGGUCUCUGUGCCCCCAAGCCCCACGUACCCGCCGUCGGGGCCACCUGUCCUCCCAGCUGGUGACGGCAAGCCUGAGCUCCCACCGACUGUGGCCAUUAGGCCCUUCCUGGCUGACAAAGGGUCAAGGCCGCAGUCUCCCCGGAAGGGCCCCCAGACGGUGAACUCCAGCUCCAUAUAUUCCAUGUACCUGCAACAGGCCACUCCCCCAAAGAGCUACCAGCAGGCCUUGCACAGCACCGUCACCAAGUCGGUUAAAGCAGUGUACGGCAAACCCGUCUUACCCUCGGGCUCCACCUCUCCAUCCCCGCUACCGUUCCUCCAUGGGGCGCUGUCCACCAGUGCACCGCCACCGCCCUCCGAGUGUGUUGAGAAGGAGCCGGAGCAGGACAGCCCUGCCCCACCUGGAGACAGCAGCAGCAUGGAGAACCUUCCGCGGCCGCUCAGCCCCACCAAGCUCACACCCAUCGUGCACUCGCCGCUGCGCUACCAGAGCGAUGCCGACCUGGAGGCCCUGCGCAGGAAGCUGGCCAAUGCGCCACGGCCUCUGAAGAAGCGCAGCUCCAUCACAGAGCCCGAGGGCCCUGGCGGGCCCAACAUCCAAAAGCUGCUGUACCAGCGCUUCAACACCCUGGCCGGCGGCAUGGAGGGGGCCCCUUUCUACCAGCCUAGCGCCCCACAGGACUUCAUGGGCACCUUGGCUGACGUGGACAAUGGGAACGCCAAUACCAAUGGGAACCUGGGAGAGCCUGCCCUGCCCACAGUGCCGCUACCCACAGAGCCAGCCCCGUCGUCAGAUGCCAAUGACAAUGAGCUGCCCUCCCCUGAGCCAGAGCAGCUCAUCUGUCCCCAGACCACCCCCCACCCCUCAGAGCCUGCAGAGGAUGACAACAACAACGUGGCCACCGUCCUGUCCACUGAGCAGCUCCCGAGCCCUGUGGCCGAGGACCCGUCCCCGGGAGAUGAGCCUGUUCCCCCACUGCCUCUGGCCCCCACUGCCCCCCUGCCUGCAGCCUCGACGGGCAAACGGACCAAUCUGAAGAAACCCAACUCAGAGCGGACCGGGCAUGGCCUGAGGGUUAGGUUCAACCCGCUGGCGCUGCUCCUGGAUGCGUCUCUGGAAGGAGAGUUUGAUCUGGUGCAGAGGGUCAUCUAUGAGGUGGAAGACCCCAGCAAGCCCAAUGACGAAGGGAUCACACCGCUGCACAACGCGGUCUGCGCUGGCCACCACCACAUCGUGAAGUUCCUGCUGGACUUUGGGGUCAACGUGAACGCCGCCGACAGUGACGGAUGGACUCCCCUGCACUGUGCCGCAUCCUGCAACAGCGUUCACCUCUGCAAGCAGCUGGUCGAGAGCGGUGCCGCCAUUUUUGCCUCCACCAUUAGCGACAUUGAAACUGCUGCGGACAAGUGUGAAGAGAUGGAGGAAGGUUACGUUCAGUGCUCCCAGUUCCUAUAUGGGGUGCAGGAGAAGCUGGGGGUGAUGAACAAAGGCAUGGUGUACGCACUGUGGGACUACGAGGCCCAGAACAGCGACGAGCUAUCCUUCCAUGAAGGGGACGCCAUCACCGUGCUGAGGCGCAAGGAUGAGAGCGAGAGCGAGUGGUGGUGGGCCCGCCUGGGGGACCGGGAGGGCUACGUGCCCAAGAACUUGCUGGGGUUGUAUCCACGGAUCAAACCUCGGCAGCGGACCCUUGCCUGAACUGUCCUUCUGGAGCCCUGGGCCACCGAAACCUGUCCUGCUGCUUCACCAGGAAGGCAGCCACUCGUGUCCUCAUGGUGCUCACCUACUGGACGGCACCCACGAUGUGAACCCCGCAGUUGUGAGGGAGGCCCCUUCCCCAGUUUGCGGGUAACAGGGAAAAGUCUUCAUGCCUCCAAAGAGACAGAUUUUGCCAAUUACUGUAAAUUCAAAUAAAUACCCAGCUUUCAGAACCCCCACCCCUGUUGCCAAGAACAAGCCCUGUGAUGACUGUUGGCGGGUUGCCGGUAAAGCCAAAGCUCUCGCUGACUUCCUCAUUUACCCUAGAUGUCACCCCUGCUCUUACCCACUGGAGCCCUUCCCUCCUGAAGAUCCCCCCAUGCCUUCUCCCCUUACCCCACACCCCUCCAUCCUUCUGUUACAGAGGAGCCCUGAGUGGGCACAGCUCAGUACUGUGCCCAGUGCAGCUGUGCGGUAAUGGCCUGGCCUGUGCCCCCACUGAGUCUGGGUUUGGGGUGUUGGUGGGGUUGACGGGAAGGCCAGGUGUUGGCUGGUGCUACGGCCUGAGGGCUGUAAAAACAGAGCAACAGGCGGAGGAGAGAGUUAAUUUAUUCACAGAACCUCAACAGCCACUCCCUCCCCAUGACUCUCUAGGCCCCUUGCUGCCCUCAGGCAGCUCCUGUCCGCACAGCUGGAAUUUACCUCUGCUCUGGAGGCAGACACUGGAGCCCACUGCACGGGAGGUGCAGGGUGGGUGCAGGAGCAGGGCAGGGAGAGCUCACAUGGGCUGUUCAGGGCCUCUGGGGAGUGGGCGCUAAGGGAGCCUCAGGCAGGACCCAGGGUGGGUGAGACAGGACAGGAGGUCUGAGUAUGGGGAGGCAGUGGUCCGGUCCGCCUGACCGUUCUGCUCUCCUAGAUUUACAGCAGACUAAAGGAUUUCACUCACGCUGGACUUGUACGUACAGGCUUUUAUACACCAAAAGUAUUUUUUGACUUUACCAUUCAAGAUAGCAGAACUCAAUUGGAGGUUUUUUUUUCCCCUCAUUGAAGUGUAGGCCCUCAGGCUUUAUUUUCCAUGUGUAAGCCUUGUGUGUAAUUUAUGUAUAAAUAAUGUGAGUAGUGGCUGACGCGGCGCUGUGUCGGCACUGUGGGCGCUGCCUGUGUGGUGUGGUGUGCGUAGUGGCUGACGCAGCGCUGUAGUCACCGCCGUGGGCGCUGCCUGUGCGGUGUGGUGAUGAGGAACAAACGAGAGCGCGACCAGCACCCCCCAGCCCACUCCCCACCGUGUCAGCGCACAAUAAACCGCUCCCACACCGCCAGCAGCC